CUUUUUCCCUUGUUCUCCGUUUUGUCUGGAAAGAUGGCUCCGCAGAUCCCCAGAGGCCUUUGCACAGCAGCUGUGAUGAUGAUGCUGAUGAUCCUGAGCACCCCGAAGGCUGAGGGCAUAGACUCACCAAAGGAUUUCGUGUUCCAGGGUAAGUGCCGCUGCUUCUUCAUCAACGGGACGGAGCGGGUGAAGUAUGUGAAGAGAUACAUCUAUAACCGCAUGGAGGUGGUGCGCUUCGACAGCGACGUGGGGGAUUACGUGCCGGUGACCGAGGUGGGGCGGCGGUCCGCCGAGUACUGGAGAAGCCAGAAGGACGUCCUGGAGCGGGACCGGGCCGAGCUGGACACCGUGUGCAGACACAACUACCAGAUAGAAACCUUCACGACCUUUCGGCGCCUAGUGGAGCCUACAGUGACCAUCUCCCCUGCCAAGACAGAGGCUCUAAACCACCACAACCUGUUGAUCUGCUUGGUAACAGAUUUCUAUCCAGGCCAAAUCAAAGUCUGGUGGUUCCGGAAUAACCAGGAGGAGACAGCGGGCGUUGUGUCCACCUCUCUUAUUAGGAAUGGGGACUGGACCUACCAGAUUCAUGUGAUGCUGGAAGUUACUCCUCAGCGUGGAGAUGUCUACACCUGCCGAGUGGAGCACCCCAGCCUCCAGAGCCCCAUCACAGUGGAUUGGCAGGCACAGUCUGAAUCUGCCCAGAGCAAGAUGCUGAGUGGUAUCGGGGGCUUCGUGCUGGGGCUGAUUUUCCUUGGCCUGGGCUUUAUCAUCCAUCGUAGGGGUCAGAAAGGUAAGGACUCUGGUGGGAAAUGGGGAAGGUGGGCUUUGACUGAGUUACUCUGUUCAGAGAGGCCUGUGCCUUAG